UUUUGUUAUCAAGCAUCUCCCCCUGCAGGGCGUCGCCCUUAUAAGUGAGCAUUUAAGCCCCUCCUACACGAAGGCAUUCGCCACAUUUCGAAGUUGGGACAAAGGACGCGGCUAGCUCCCAUCAGGCGCCUUCAAGUCACAGACAUGACGAAACUCCGCAAGGCCCGGCGAGUCCGGCGGCCACCGAAGUGAGGAGGGUUUACAAGCAGACUCGGAAAAUGGUGCUCGAUUGUGAUGGCUUUGUUGAGGUACGUCUGGACGACCUUGGGAGCCACCAUGUUUCUGGGCACGGCGAGCGUGGUGAUGUGCACCAUUUGGGCGCAGCAGCUGCCACCGCCCCAGAACCGCCCGUUUCCGCCCCCGCCUCCACCUUGGUGGGAUCCGGAGUCGCGACCACACACCCCGCAGCGCGGGCCCAUGCCGCCCCGAGUGUGGCCCUUCCCGGCCACGCUGAACCUCAUCAGGCCCGGACUGUGGAGCACCUACAACGGCACUCUGCUGCAGGCGGUCUCGCCGGAGGAGGUCACCUUCAUCACCCGCCUCCACAACGAGCUGCGCCAGACGCUCGCUGCCGGAAAGCUGCCGGGAUUCCCGACGGCGGCAGACAUGCUUCGCCUGGAGUAUGACGGAGAAGUGGCACGUCGCGCCCAAGUCCACUCACAGAGUUGCCGCUUCCAACAUGGCUGCUUUGGAUGCGGGCAGAUAAGGGGCUACAUCGGCCAGAACCUGUUCCUGGCACCGAGAGGCAACUGGGAGCAGGCGAUUAGGACCUGGUGGGACGAACACCGAAAGACGAACCGUGACGUCAUCAGCCGCUACAACUUCUCUCCCCGCAACGGACACUUUACGCAGAUAGCCUGGUCCCGCACUGGAAAAGUUGGCUGCGGUGCCACCGACUGUCCACAGCUGGGUGGGCGCUACAUGGUCUGCAACUACGAACCUGGGGGCAACAUGCUUAGGCAGCCGGUCUACAGGGAGGGCUGGCCGUGCUCCCAGUGCCCCCAGGGAAUGAGCUGCACAUCGCUGGACGGUCAGGAAUCCCAAGAAAUGUCGCUGUGCGGAAGCGAGUCUUUCAAUUGUCCACCAGAGCCCCCGGCACUUUCAAAUCGCCCAGCCUCAACUUCGUCACCAGAAGUGCCCACAUUGCUCACAAGGCCAGGCACCUAAAUUACUCAAACCCACCAUGCUGUUUCAUGUUAGGAGAUGAAGAUUGAUCAAACAAACUUCAACAUUGUUUUAGUUAUUUAUUUUUCAUGUAUAUUGGAGAACCUGAUCUUCAUGCCAAGAGAAUGCUUCUAAUUUCAAUUUGACAACUCGAGACGCAUGUCUUCUUUGUCAAAUUUUUUUCUCGUGAAUAAAAAAAAGGCAAAGCU